AUGACCUGUGUCAAUAAGUUGGGAGGUCGAGCACUGCUUGUCGGUGGUGUGGCAGCGUGGCUGACAGCCAUAUCGACGGGGGAGGACUGGUUUACGAAGGACUAUUUGUUCGUGCUAGCCGUUGUGCUUGUGGUUUUUAUCGGCGGGUUUCGCAAGGCCAAAUACGAGAGCCUGGCACUACACGAAAAAUUACAGCGAGCACAUGAUCUUGAAAAUGUCGAGUUCAUUCACAAUGACCCAGUGCAACUGAAGCAGAACAAGGUUACCUGUAUUCUCUUCUUUGGGACGUGGUGCAAGAAAUCUCGUGAAGCUCUGGAGAGCUGGCAGCGUACGAGGUCAAAGGUCGCAAUGCUAGCAACUUCCGUGAGCUCAAGAAAUUCAAAUUCAGUAUCGGCAUUGAAACUGGUUUCAUGA